AUGCCCUCGCCGACCACCACCUCUCCUGCCGGCUCCGGCCUCGCCGGCCAGCACAUCGACCGCCCGCCACGGCCUCGCCCGCUGUCCUCGGGCCUUCCCUCUUGGCCUCCAAAUCCAGCGGCCCCAUUCCCCUUCGCCCUCGUCGACCGCCGGCCUGGCGCCGUUGCCCCGGUCGACCUCCGCGCCCCGUCCCUCGUCGCCCCAGACGGCCGCCGGCCCCGUUCCCCGUCGCCCCCGCCCACCACGGCCCCUUUCGUCUUCACCAUGGGCGCCACCGGGCCUGACCCCGUCCCCCUUCACCACCGCAGGCCGCUGGCCCCGGCCCGUCGCCCCAGCAUGCCUCCGCAGGCCGCUGGCCCCAGCCCGUCACCCCAGCAUGCCUCCGCCGGCCCCGGCCCUCGACACCGCAUCAUCUCCCGAAUGAGGUUGGCAAGCUCCGGCGCGGUGACGGACGGCUUGAGCUACUCUGGCAUCCAUGGUUGCCUCAGUUCUCUUUGUAAUAGCCACUGUGAGGAGCUUGAAAAAGAAGCAACAACAGCUUCAAGCUGA